UAUCGAUAACUCCAGCUGUUCUCGGCCUUACCGCCACUAUCAGAAAUAUAAAACAUAUCUGGAAUUGUUUGUGUUUAAACUAUGGGCGGCACUAAAUGCAGUUUUCGGGACUGCCCGGUCAGUUCUGGUCGAAAUCCUAACAUGCAUUUUUUUAAGUUUCCGGUAAAAGACCCUAAAAGGUUGAACGAUUGGAUAAAAAACUGUGGAAACGCAGAGAUUUCAAAGGCGCCACUUGGCAAAUUGGCCGGCAAAACUGUUUGUGCCCGUCACUUUCGCAUCGAGUCCUUCAUGAACUACAAAAUGGAUAAGCUUAUUCCCAGGCAGACGCCCACCUUGCUGAGAAUCAAUCGGGAUCUCGCCUUCGACUUCGAGAACAUCGACCAGAACCGCGAGGCAGUUCUGGUGAAGCUUACUCCGCCCACGCAGCCACAUCUUAUUCCACCAGAGGAUUUCGAGUGUCCCCUGGGAUUGAAAGCCGACGAUGAGAACCAGAUGGUGGAGGAGAUAAGAAAAAAAAUUGGAAUUGAUUUGGACCACAGGAUUGAAAAAGAUUUAAAGGAGAUGUUUGAGGAAGAGGACACAGAGACGCAGGAGUCACAGGAGUCUCAGAACUCAUUUGAUAUUUUUGGAGAGAAUAGCCAGCCGCCAGCAGGCGGUAUAUUUGACGAUAUUUCGGAUAUAGACUUGACGCAGGAGUCGCAGAAGGAAGCGGAACAGGAGAUGGAGCCGAUGUCGGAACGAGAGAUUGAACAGCCUGUAUUGAAAAAAGAGAACAUUUUCACAGCAUCCACAGUUCCAAUGUCUCAAAAUAAUCUUUCGCUUGGCCUUGCAUUGAUAGAAAGCGUGGUGAAUAUUCAAACAUUGGAACUGAAACCGAAUGUAGAGCAGUUACCAAAGGAGCAGACUUUGAGUUCAACAAAGCGACCAUCAAGUAAGACCGAGGAGAAAGUUUGUCAUAAUCGUAUAGCGACUGGCAAAGAACAGGCUAAAAGAAGGAAGCUGCAUUCCGACUUUCAAGCAAACGAGAACUCAACGGAUAGUAAUUUGCUAAGGAGUCUUAAUCAGCAAAGGCAGGAGGCAAUCGAAAACGAGCAGAAACUUCAAAACUCUAUUUACCCCACUCCAAAGAAAAAGCAGCCCGUCACUUUUUUCGACUUGAGAGAUGGAGUAAAAUCAAGCAGUGAAAGUCCAGAUAGUCGUGCAUCGGCGGAGAAAGCAAUUUCCUCCGACGAUGACCUCCGGAAUAAACUCCUUCAGGACUAUAACAAACUAAAGACCGAGUUUGAGGAGCUUACGAAGGAACAUACCAAACUAAAAGAACUGCACGCAGCACCCCCAAGGGCACCCACUGCCACGAAACCUGGCCCACAAUCGUUGAGCAAACCACAGCUUUACAUGGCCAUUAAAAAGUAUUUGGGACCAACGAUGGCCGCCCUGCUCCGCAUGGAAAUGUUCGGGGGCUCCGAGGAGCGCGAUUGGAAGGAUGACGAGAAGGAAUUCGCCAUGGAACUGUUGCAGCUGGGCGAAGUGAUGUACAGGUACUGCUGCGACGAGUGGCGAUUCCGGCUGCCUUCCUUAAGGAUUGCGCGUUCCUGGUUGAAUGAGAGGCAAAGUAAAGAUGCCGAAGAAUUCUUCGAUUUAUAACCGCAUUUUAGUUUGAUAAUGAAAUGAGAAAUGGUCUGAAACUUAA